AAACGCUUCCGCCUUCUGAAUUGGGAAAAAGGAGGACGGAGGCGGGGGGGACACACGCGUUGCUUUUCCUUGCGAAGAUGGCGGCCCCUGUUAUAGCCAGCCGGGCUGGAUCCGUGAACAGCGUUGGAAACAGCCCGACCGCAACGCCCAACAAUCCGAAUAACAACAACAAAAUAAUCCCCGGCUACCCCGAACUAGAUUUCAGGUCUGGUGCGAGGAUUGAAGAGUUGAACAAGCUGAUCCAGGAAUUCAGCAAACACGAUCAACGUGAAUAUGACGACCAGAGAGCCUUGGAGAUCCACACCGCUAAGGACUUCAUCUUUUCUAUGCUUGGAUUGGUGCAGAAGCUGGACCAGAAGCUCCCCGUGGCCAACGAGUACCUGUUGCUGUCGGGCGGGGUGCGGGAGGGCGUGGUGGACAUGGACCUGGACGAGCUCAACGUCUACGCGCGGGGGACGGACUUCCACCUGGACUUCACCCUGCUGGUGCCCGCCCUGAAACUGCACGACCGCAACCAGCCGGUGACCCUGGACAUGCGCCACUCCGCCCUCUGCCACUCCUGGCUGAGCCUGAGGCUCUUCGACGAGGGCACCAUCAGCAAGUGGAAGGACUGCUGCACUAUCGUGGACCACAUCAACGGCGCCACCAACUACUUCUUCUCGCCCACGCUGGUGGCCGACUGGUUCCACGAGUCCAUCGGCAUGGUGCUGGCCGAGGUGCAGAAGAAGCCCCAGCGGGGGAUGCCCAAGGUGGAGAAGGUGGAGAAGAACGGCACGGUCAUCUCGGUCAUCCUGGGCGUGGGGAGCAGCCGGAUGCUCUACGACAUCGUCCCCGUGGUGUCCUUCAAGGGCUGGCCGGCGGUGGCCCAGAGCUGGCUGAUGGAGAACCACUUCUGGGACGGGAAGAUCACGGAGGAGGAGGUGAUCUCCGGCUUCUACCUGCUCCCCGCCUGCUCCUGCAGCGGACGCAAGGAGAACGAGUGGCGGCUGUCGUUCGCCCGGAGCGAGGUGCAGCUGAAGAAGUGCAUCUCGGCCAGCCUGAUGCAGGCCUACCAGGCGUGCAAGGCCCUCAUCAUCAAACUGCUGUCCCGGCCCAAGGCCGUCAGCCCUUACCACCUGCGCAGCGUCAUGCUCUGGGCCUGCGACCGGCUCCCCGCCAACUACCUGUCCCAGGACGACUUCUCGGCCCACUUCCUGCUGGGCCUUAUCGACGACCUGCAGCACUGCCUGGUCAACAAGAUGUGCCCCAACUACUUCAUCCCGCAGUGCAACAUGCUGGAGCACCUGUCGGAGGAGACGGCCAUGCUGCACGCCAGGAAGCUCUCGUCCGUCCGCCAGGACCCCGCCGAGCACCUGCGGACCGCCAUCGAGCACGCCAAGGCCGCCAACCGGCUGACCUUCGACCUGCAGCGGCACGGGAGCGCCGCCAGCCUCCCCUCGCCGCAGUCCGACCCCGGGGACCAGCAGCCGGACGACCGGCUGGCCAAGAAGCUGCAGCAGCUGGUGACGGAGAACCCGGGGAAGUCCAUCUCCGUGUUCAUCAACCCGGACGACGUCACCAGGCCCCACUUCCGCAUCGACGACAAGUUCUUCUGAGGCCGCCCCCGGCUUCUGUCCCGCCCUCCUCCUUCCCCCUGGCAGUUCCUUUCCCCCUGCCCCCCCCCCCCCCCCCCAUUGACGGUUUCCCCUGGCGGCAGUUCCCUCAGUGAUGGUUUCCUUGGUGACGUUUGCUGUAGAGCUUUGUGAAGUGAGUUGUCCUGUGGUGCCAUUCCAUUUCACUCUCACCCCAGGAGACCCCCUGCCCCACCCUCACCUGCCCAGGUCCACCCCAACCACACCCCCACCCCCACCCCCACCCCCGGCUCAACCCCGACCUCACCACCCAAUGACAGAGCCAGUCUCUGUUCGAGUUGGAGAGCAGGGAACUGAUGCGUAGGAUGACCGCGACAUGGAAAUGGACUGCUGACUGAACUGCGAGUCUGUCGCUAUCGUGGGAGUGUUGGAAUUCUGAAUGCCACACACGACUAUACAUAGCAGAAGGGUUCCUGUGCGUUCCUUUCAAUUUCAAGUCUUAUUUGAUGGUGUGUUGGGAGACAGCCUUGACACUGUACUUUAUGGCUACUUCCUGCCAUUUUGCCAAAUUGCAGUCCAUUUAAAAAAAAAAAAAAAAGAAAUUCCUUGAGAAGUCUUAUAUAUUCUUGUUUAUUUCAUGACUCUAUUGUACCUUCAUGUUAUGGCUUCUUAUGAAUUUGGUAAACAAAAAAAAACAAAAAAAGUGAUGUGUUAUGCAUUCCCAGAUACUUGUUCAACAUUUUUAACAUUAUCGCUCCAACAUGGACGCGAGCGUCUCCAGAAUAUGCCAAAAACCUGCUGGAAACUGGCUGAUGGACAAGUCCAUCUUCAAGUGCAAUUAGUAAUUUUCUCUCCUCUCUCUCACACACACACACACAUAAGCACACACUUACACAUACACCCACAAAAAUAUACACUGUACACAGCUGGAAAAUGUAAGGAAUUUGCAUUACAUUUCUUGCUGUGUGAAAAGACGUUUUUCAUGGUACUGACCACUGGUAUGAAGUUCUCCCAUCUGUGAAAAUGUUUAAUUUAUUUCCGCGACAUGAAAAUGCUUUGCCAAUGAGUCUUUUAUGCAGAACUCUGGAUACUCGAGAUGAAUAUUUCAUUCUAAUAUUCUCAUUCUAUUUAUUUGCUGCUAUUUGGGAUUACAAGGUUGUGUGACAUUUAUGCAAAUGAAGACACUGAAUAAAUAACCAACAGAUAUCCGUUAUUGCAUGGUUACCACGGGAUAUCUGUGAAAUCCUGUGGUCACAAGGGGGUCCCAGUCCUCUCUGAUCCAUGGGCCAGUCACAAUUCUCCAAAACUAAAGUGUCCAAUCAGGAAUAUCAGAUUGAGGAAAAAGGAAAAGAUACGAUUGGUUCUCAUCAAGAGGAGGGCGGUCGCCAUGGCACCUGUAUAUAAAAUCUGUUCCGGUGAAGGUCCUGGUCAUUAUGGCUGCUGUAUCGCCCAGGGAGGGAGAGACUGGUAUGAAAUGACCCUUUGGGGACAGAAGAAAGUAAUGCUGCAUUGUAUACAAACAGGGUGUGGCCCAAUGUUCAGAGACAACUGCAACGGACUAACAAAAUGUUAUCAAUGUUUGCAUUCAAAAUGUGAGCAUCACUACAGCAGAAAACGUCAUGCACUGUGUGUUUCAUUAACCCCAUCAUGUGAUUACAAGACAAUAAACCUGAGAAAUAAAAAUCACAA